AUGGCUGGUAUGUAUUGCUAUUAAAUUGCUUAUUAUUAAAUAAUCUUACGUAACUUAAAGUGUUUUCAUUCCUUGAAAGAUAUUAUAUUUCUAGUAAUACGAAUACUCGCAAGAGUAUCAAUAGCGUCCAUGCUUUAUUAGCGUCUACGAAAAUAUUGCAGACCUUUGCGCAAAUUCUGCAGGAAAUAUUCCAGGGCGCUUGUAUAUAUAACCACCUUGAUAUAGUUAAUAUUCGCUCUUCUCGCUCGUUCCUAGAAUUAUAAUAUCGACUAGAAAGAUGUUGCAAUAAUGUAAUUAAUGGUUCGAUCGUGCGAGGACUACAAAUGGCUUCGCGUCUGGUUUGAAUUUAAUAUAUAAGCACUCGAUUUCAAUUUUAUUAUUUAAUUCGCUCCAAUUUAAAUACUAGAAGAUCAACCACAUCAACUUUGCUGUACAUAAAUGCUUUGAUUGAUUGAUUACGCUGAAUGCAGCCGACUAUACGUAUAGAUUGUCAAAUGGGAAAAAUUAAAUUAAAAUACAUAUAUAUAUAAAUCAUGCACGGUAAUAAAUCUUAAAAACACGAAGUGGUAAGGUUGUCUACUGAAGAGUGACUUAACCUGCACUCUAUAUGUAUCCAAUUUUUAUUUCACAACGCGUACGUACUACUACUAGAAACGGGGAAUCCUCCUGGACAAAGUCAAAGAUAAGAUAGUUUGUCUAAUAAUUCGUCUGUGACUGUGUAUAUUAAAACGAGUUCGAUAUCUACCACCUGCUACCGAAACAAAUUUCUUAGUUGGUUUUGGCAUUAGACGAACUAUCGGAAACAGCCAACAGGCACAGUUUCAAUUAAUACUUGCCCACAGGUAGUUGGCAGAUUUUCGCAACGAAAUCAAAACGGGACGUUUCAGACUAUUUAUAUAGUCGUUUUGUGUCUUUUGUCUUUAAACAAGACGGAUUAGGUCAUUGAUACGAUAAGAUAAUUUAAGGGAGGAUUUACCAUGAUCAUCUACAAUCAGCGAUGAAAUUAAUGGACCCGUUUAUAGCCAGUAACACAAUCCGCCUUCCUUCGCCUUGUUCAAUGACAAUCAGAUGGACAAUGCUGUAAGACUAAAAUUGAAAAUUUCAUGUGAAGUGUUUCUGUGUUCUGUUGCUUUGUUGAUAAUUCUCGCAGCACAUACAGUGACAUUGAAAUGUUAAUUUUCUAUUUUCAUGUUAACUUGUUCAUUUUUGCCAUUAUCUACAAAAAUAACCUUUCAAUAACCGUCCCAUGCACCUACUGUAUCAAUGUCACCGAUCAUAUGAUGAUCUGGAAACUAAACAGAAGUUAUGUUUUUGUUUUGGCAUGUUUUUGUUUGAGUUGAGGUAAUUCAACUCAUUGUAUUUUCGCAUGAUUAAGUAAUUUCCAAUAGGAAUAACGGAGUUCAGUAUCAAACAAAGGUCUUUCAUUUUGUGGCUUUGAAGUUCGCCGGGCUUCUACCAAACGAUGUACUGACUGUUGAUCCCAUAUUCUAUGACCAGUGACAUACGGUAGUUUACAUGUGCAUGUUUUAUACAAUGGUAGACAAGGCAAUUUUAGGCUUUUAGCUGGUAAAAGCCCAACCUCGUAUCCAGGAUUUUUCUUUGGGACGAGGUUGGUAAAAGCCUUGCCAUAGCCUUGAGUGUAUUCUUAGUAUAGUCUUAAAAUUUUGCUAAUUCCAGCCUCAAUAUUCAUCAUAUAAACGAGGUUCUUAACUUCUUAUGAAGUUUCAUUGAUGAAGUUUAAUUUUGCAACCAGAUUAGUCCCUAGUCCUCUGUGCACGCGUUUUUUUCCGUGACGAAAGAUUAUUAAUGAGAACGCGUACUACCAUGCAUAAAUGGUUAAUAUUUGCACACAGGUAAUGAAGAUGAAGAUUGGACAGAUAGCCCUGCAGAAAGGGUUACAAAUGAACCAACAGGUUGGUAAAUAAUGUAGACAGUAUAAGCCCGCAUCGAAAUACACCAGGCUGACGUUUAGGUAAUUAAACACAGGGUGCGCGUUAAUUCAGGAUUUUUAGUCAAACCUGACUGGCACGUUAAUGAUUAUUACGCUGAUACGCUCGUACUUGCGCUGGUACAACAAACUUAAGAAGGUGUACUUAAUGCAUAAAGCACACUUUCCUAAAAGGUAAACAGCCAAUCAGGCUUUUAGUCAGAAGGGCGUCCAGGCGUCCUGGGACGCCCCUAGACCGAAAAAUGGACGCCUUUGGACGCCCAAAUUCUGGAGGGAAAUUAUUAUCAAUUAUUUCCCUAAGUAUAUUAAUAUAUUUGAAACGAAAUAGCUUCAAUUCUCAUUAUUAUUAUACAUUUGACAUUUUGAUCAAUUUGAUGGUGUACUUGGCUGAAUGAAAAUGUCGUAGUUAAAGGUGCUCUACAGUCCGUAUGUAAACAAAGCCUUUGUUUACAUUUUUGUGUCCAAAAUAUUGAGCUUUAUUCGACAACUAUUUAUAUUUUCAAGCUUCUAGAGUAUAAUAAAUGAUCAAGAAACAACAAUUAGGCUUUUCAAGAACUCAAAACAUAGUUAAACUGUUUGUAUCAUAAAAAGUGGGCUCAUUGGUGCACAUGCGCAGAUCGGACUGUAGAUCACCUUUAAGUAAAGAAGCAUAGCGGCACAAACUCACAAAGCCAAGUGUGUUUGAAAAAUUUGAACAAGCUUGGAACAGAUACUGACAUGAAGUAACGUAAACUUCACAGGUUUUCCAAAGGAACGUUUUCUCGAAACCCCCUCCCCUUCCUUUACUGUAGAUGUAUCGUUAAACAUCACUGGUGUAUUGUGUUAAUUAAAAAGUACAUUUUUUUACUUUACACCAGUCAACUGUUGAUGAAAUUUUAGUUAAUUUUAAGAACCGCUUCAGUUUCAGUUGCAAAAAUAGUAAUUCAGUGUUAUGUUAACUGUAAUACACUAUGAUUUCAUUAUGUAGAAACUUCUUACUCGUCACUACCCGGGUCAGAAGAUGGGAAUUCUUGCACAGAUGAUCAAUCUGGCAUUGCCGAAGCCGAACGGCCCGAAGGCAUGCCGAAUAUGGGGCUAUACAAAAAUGGUAUAUUUUUCUAAUAUUACAAAAAAUCUUUGUGCCCGCACUACAGAUGUUAAAUAUUUAGGCCUUUUUUGAAGGACAUAUAUAUAUAUAUGCAUUAACUCGCAUGUGUUGUUUUACAUGACCUAUGACUAUUGAAUACAAAGAAACCCCCAUUGCAUUAUAACUUUGUGUACUCUCACCCAAACACAAAACAAUGAUAUAGUCUUUUUCAUGAGGCCUAUGGAUCGAAAGGUAUGAAAAACGUGGUGUUGCCACAAAAAACAGUUUAUACAGUAUACUGUAGUCUAUAUGCAGUAGUUGUACUUCACUUUGUAAUUUUAAAAAUCUGAAAAAUUUUCAUUGCCAAGAUGACGUUCCUGGUGCUAUUGGUGGUGUUCUUUGUGAUGAGAAUCAUGAUCAUAAAUCCGGCAUGGUACAAGAAGCACAACAAGUCAGUGAAGUCACGCUCGAUAAAUCAAACCAGAAGAAACCACAAACAUCAGGUAAUAUUUAACAAAUAUAAAACAUUUUUUCCGUGUUGAUAUACAGUUAUAUCAACACGAGUGGAAAUUGGGAAAAUGAGGAAUGAAAAGGGCGGAGUGUUUUCACACAAUUUCGAGUUUUCCCAAUUUCCACGAGUGUUGAUAUAACUAUAUAUCUGGCUCGCCAGAAUCAGAAACGGUACGUAAAGUGACCACAAAUAAUUUCCAAAUAUCGUAUAAUAAUCAGUUUUAG